AUCAGCCAAGACUGGGCUCCUGUCGUCGUCCGCAAGAAGGCCCCGAACGCGGCCGCGAAGAAGGACGAGAAGGCCGUCAACGCCGCUCGCCGGAGCGGCGCCGAUAUCGAGACUGUAAAAAAGUCUACUGCUGGCACAAACAAAGCUGCUUCAAGCAGCACAUCACUGAAUACAAGAAAGCUUGAUGAGGAAACAGAGAAUCUUGCUCAUGAACGAGUGCCAAGUGAGUUGAAGAAAAAUAUUAUGCAAGCACGAAUGAACAAAAAGUAUACCCAGGCCCAGCUCGCACAGUUGAUCAAUGAAAAACCCCAGAUAAUCCAAGAGUAUGAGUCAGGAAAAGCCAUCCCAAAUCAGCAGAUCAUUGUCAAACUGGAAAGGGUUCUCGGAGUUAAACUGCGAGGGAAAAAAUGAGCUUGUCUUGUUACCUUGCUGUGAAAUAAAAAGUAGUACUACGCUAACUUUGUACUAUGGAAAGUGUGUGUUUGGAGCUUGUGAAGACUUGGUUUGUUGAAUCCUUAAUGAGUGUUUUGGAUUUUAUAUGGGAUUGUGAAAUUUUCUGUUGUCUUUGUUGAAUGACUUAUAAUUUUCUUCUUGAGCUUGGUGGAUUGUGUUAUGCUA